AUGCCGUUCGAUGAACCUGAAGUUUGGGGCAACUGUGGUUUACCGAGUCAAAUUAGUCUGGGUCACUAUCUCUUCUACCGUCUCCGACAGCUGAAUGUGAAUACGAUUUUCGGUCUUCCAGGGGAGUUUAUCAUGCCUUUACUGGACAAAAUAUAUUCUAUUCCAGAGCUUCGAUGGGCAGGUAACGCAAACGAGCUUAAUGCGGCGUACGCGGCAGACGGUUACGCCAGGAUCAAAAAUUUGGCUUGUCUGGUGACGACUUUCGGAGUUGGUGAACUUUCCGCCAUUAACGGCAUAGCGGGAUCUUUUGCCGAGCAUGUUGGCGUUCUACACAUUGUGGGCAUGCCACCGACAUCUGCACAAGUCAAACAACUGCUACUUCAUCAUACACUCGGUAACGGAGACUACAGCAUCUUCCACAGGCUGGCAAGCGAUGUGUCAGAGCAUACUACUGUUCUUACGGAUCUCGAUAUAUGUGCUCAGGAGAUAGACCGAUGCAUUGCGCUUGCGUAUAAGAAAAGGCGACCCGUAUACGUGGGAAUUCCCGUCAAUUUCGUAGACGCUCUCGUUGAUUCAGCUCCUUUGAGUAUACCAUUGGACUUGAGUAUGCCUCCGAACAAUCCAGAGCUUGAAAAUGAGGUAGUCGAUGCAGUGCUCGAUUUGAUUUAUAAAGCCGAAUCUCCUGCCAUUAUCGCCGACGGUUGUGUUUCCCGGUAUAACAUCUCAGCCGAAUUACACGAGCUUGUGGAACUGACGCAGUUUCCUGUCUUUAGUACACCAAUGGGGAAAGGAGCAUUCGAUGAACAAGAUCCCCAUUUUGGAGGCACUUUUGUAGGGUCCAUGUCUUCGCCAGAAGUCCGGGAAGUUGUUGAUUUCUGCGAUUUCGUUCUCGUCGUCGGCGCUCUUCUCUCAGACUUUAACACCGGCUCCUUCAACUUUUCCUAUCGGGCCAAAAAUACAGCAUUGCUAUUUUCCAAUUUUGUAAAAUUGAAGAAUGCCAUGUACCCCGACUUGGAGCUUUCUUAUUUACUACGAGCUUUGAUAGCUAAACUUGAUCCUACGAAGAUUCGAUAUAGGCCUCAACCGGUGCCUGAAGUAAUAAGAGCCAAAAUUAAGCUAAUGGAUAAUGUUCCAUUAAGACAAGAAUGGGUCUGGAGUCAAAUUAGUAAUUGGUUUCAAGAAGGUGAUGUUAUAAUAACGGAAACCGGAACUUCUGCUUUCGGCAUCAAUCAAACGAAAUUUCCCAGCUCCACUAACUGUAUUUCCCAGAGCUUAUGGGGUUCGGUUGGAUACUCGUUAGGAGCAUGCCUAGGGGCGUCUUUCGCAACUCUCGAGGAAAAAAAAGGUUGUCGAGUUAUUCUGUUUGUGGGAGAUGGUGCUUUACAGCUCACUGUCCAAGAGCUUUCUACAAUAAUAAGAUGGGGCUUGACGCCCUAUAUUUUUGUCAUGAAUAAUAAUGGUUACACCAUUGAUAGAUUGCUGCACAGAAAAUCCAAUGCUGGUUAUCAUGACAUCCAACCUUGGCAUAACUUGAAAUUACUAUCAACAUUUGGAGCUUUGAAUUACGAUGCUCGUCAAAUCAAGACUGUUGGUGAUUUCUCAGCUCUUGUAAAUGAUGAGAAUUUUGCUAAAAACGGGAUAAUACGAAUGAUAGAGAUUAUAUUACCGUCCAUGGAUGCUCCUCCCGCGCUUAUGGAGAAAUGGCUUCUCGAUGAUACCAUGGACGUAGACCUUAGUAAAAGAAUGCUUGAUUGGCAUGAUCGUGAUGACGGUCGUGGAAAUAAAAAGGCAAAAUCUAAUUGGCAGUCUCCCGCAUCUCUUUAA